UCAUUCGUUGCGCAGUUGCCGCUACCUGGUCAUGGCGGCCAUGUUGACAACGAAUAACAUGCGAGUUUCACGGGGCUGGUCGCAAUCAUCGCAAUCGUGAACAGUGCAGUGGUGAAUUUUCAUGGUGCUCGAAUUUAACGUAGUAUGUGUAUAUUGUAGAGACAUAGUGAGGCUUACCUGAAAAAUAUAAUCAUAAAGUGCCACAAUUUUAAAGUUGUAUGUAUCUGACAUUACGUAAUUGUCUUUCCAUUUAAUGCAUCAACUUUUCGUUUGUGCGGCUGAUACGUUAUAAAAUAUAUUUUGUCAGCUUGUGUGAAGAUGGCGACUUCGGGGAAUGCUAUUAAUGUCAGACUAAAUAACGCCCUUAAUCUACCGCUUCAAUACCGUUGUGAUGAACUUGCCAGUAUUUUUGUGGAAUUUGGUAAUAAGGAACUCCAGAUGGUGCUUCCUCAGUUGCUGGAAAGCCUCUUUGGACUUAGAGAUCAAAUGGGAUGGGGUUUGCGGACAUUUCAUCGCAACACACACCCACGUGAAUUUGAUAUUCUCUUCACAUUCCUUCAUCCUCACGGUGCCAUGUUCACACUGUGUUACAGGCUGCUUACAGAUUAUGUAAAAUAUGAAUUUCCAUUAUCAUACAUGCCAGCAAAAGUAAGGAAACAGAUUGAAGAUGGAAUGGUGCCUCCAUUCUACGCCGAUAAAGUACAGCUUGAUCCUCAUACAAGAGUACCCAUCUCGUUAGCAUUGAAUUCAUUUGAGUUCUAUAUAUUCCAUUUUGCAUACCAUCUGGUAAACCCAUGGCUUCAGAGGAUGACAGACCAUGGCUCAUAUUCUCUGUGGGAGACAGUGUACAAUCAUCUUGCAGAAGAGUACCUUACGCACUUCUUGCCUUGUGAUGGUUCUUCAGUGCCUCCGUAUGCUGGAUGUUAUGUAUAUCCCAAAAGUUCAGUACCUCUUCAGGCAGCUAGCAGACCUGUCCGUUCCCCAACAUUAUUUCGACAGUCAGUUGUGCUGAAGCAAGGCAGCACCUCAGGUUCUCUGCAUUCAUCUCCAACCUUACCACAGCAGAGCACUCUUGUUGAGAUAUGGAGAAGUGAAUCUGUGAUUCAAGUGUUCAUUGACUUCUGGUUAAGUUAUGGAGAGAGGGAGAUACCAUACCUACACCUAGGCUCUGGGACACCACCAAGGCAGUUUUCUCCAUCAGUGGUACUGGGUAAAACCCACUCUUUCCUUCAAAAUCAGAUGCAGCUUCAAUCCAACAUUUUUCACCACUGUCCUCAUUACUAUCCGCCAGUAACAUCAAGCCCAUACUUUCAGAAUCAGGUGCAGUCUCAACCCAACAUUGUUUUGUGUCACUGUCCUCGUCGUAGACUUUAUAUGCCAUAUAGGCCUAUCUUUUACAAUGAGAUGCAGCCUCAACCCAUUGUGGCUUUGCGCCACUAUCCUGACUUACUGCCCUCAGAAGAACACAUUCGAGUGGUGAGGAAUCUGGUGAAACAUUUACACUACUUUGCAAAUAGCACUGUUGGUGAUUUAUCAGCAAUGGAUGAACUUAAAAGGAUCAUCUUACCAUCCAGUCAGGCAAAGAUAUAUGGAUUCCUGCGGCAUACGAUCCAUCACUGGCCGCUUGAUAGCUCUUUCCGACUCAUCCUUGAGACCUGGUUGAGUUAUAUCCAGCCAUGGCGGUACACUGAUUGGCAGUACAGAAAUAUGCGAAGUCCUGGUGGUCGUGAUAACGAAGAACGUACCCGCACAGUUGAUCGACAGUGGCUCAGUUUUAUUGCUGAGAAUCUUCUCUCCUAUACAAUUAUAUUCAAGCAGUUGUUGCCACGUUUCACAAGGCUCGAUCUUACAACACCAAAGAAUGCACAUAUGUUGUUCAGAGUUACCAAGGUAUUCUCACAGCCAAACUUGAAUACAAUGCUGAGUGAAGUAGAACAUUGCUUGGAUGAUGUGUCAGGAGCAGGCUUACCAAAUGACUCUGUCAACUCCAGGAACAGUCCAGGAACCAGUCAUCAAGGGCACAAGUGGAGUGCUCUUGUGCGUCAGCAAAUUUUGGAACUGGAAGGUUCUGGCUAUCAAUAUAAGGCAUUAUUUGGUUCUGAGACUAUGUCACAGGUUUUCCAGUUCAUGUUGCUAAUUCAGAGGGCAAAUGAAACUGCCCAUAACUUGCAGCUCCACCUGGAAAAAGAGUCAAGGAAGCGCUCAUCAAGUUUCUUCGCUUCCUUAAAGGACUUGUUUUUCUUCAACCCAGCUGACUCAGAUGAAUACUCCUUGGAAGAUAGACAAAAGGUGUCAGCAUAUCUGGAAAUGUGUUUAUGUCAACUUUCCCACAUUUUUGAGAUUGACCUUGCAAGACUACCUGGCAUCAGCUACACAAAUGAUUAUGAUGCAUACAAUUCUUGUGGUACAGUAUCAUCAAGAAUGGGAACAUCAAGCUUAUUGCAGGGAGAGAAUACUACUAUGGAAAUAAUUCCAUCCCAAAGCCAGGUCCACACUUCAAUUUCACCAUUGCUGGCAUCACGAGAUUGGAAGGAGCGAAGAAAACAUAUCAAGUAUGAAGGUGACCCUGACCUGCAGCCGAUUAAGAGUACUGAAAAUGCAUUUCUUGUCAGACUGUUGCAUCAGGUAGCAUCAAAACUGAAUGAAAUGUACACCCUAGAAAUGUGCUACUUCUAUGAACAGAAUGGAUUGUUGGGAUGCAUUGCACGUCAGGUUCUCUGUCCACCUACAGUAACACGCACCUAUGACAAAAGCCACCCUGGCGAAUACAAAUCACGUACAGAAAAGGUGCUACCACCACGUCUGAGCCUGCGUAGUUUUGCUAGCCACCGAACCAUUGUAUACAUGUUGGUAGGCAUGGGACUGUCUUGGUUGUCGGGUUAUGGACUAACAGCAUUCUUCUUUGUCUUGCUUAUUUUUUGGAUGUUUUUUGUGUUGUUCAAAGCAGUCCUUGAGCCUUGGUUGGGCUCAACCCACCACAGUGCUACUACCGAAGCACUACCAUCACCAUCACCCACCAGUCAGAGCAACAUGCCAUUCUCUAAUAUGUGAUAAUUGUCACUUCUUUUCAGUGUUGGAUGCCAAAAAAAAAUAUAUAUAGAUUUUACAAAGUGAUAUUACAAAACAGAGUUGUAACAGGAUUUUAAAGUCUUCAUGUGUUUGAGGCAUAUUUCUCACAAUACUUCUAAGUAAGCACAUUCAAAAGUGUCUUCCAUGGAAUACCAACAGAUGGAACAGUCUGUUCAUACAGUUAAUAAGCCACAUGUAUAGUAAAGUACCAGUAUUGAAGUGUAAAUAAAAAACUAAAUAUUUCAAUCAGAAAUUAUGUGUAACACACUGUAAAAUAUUUAUAUUUUUGAAUUCAUGGGACCAUUUUAAAUUCAGUUUAUCACUAUAUCAAGUAGCAGUAUUCAUGUUUCAAGGUUUCCAGAACCAUUCUAGCUUAAAAGUUGUUGAAACCAUCCUCCAUUGAUCCUCCAAUGAAUAUCUUCCUCAGGGUAAUGUUCUGCUAUAGUAAAUUAUUUUGCCCUGUCCAGUCUCUGUGAAAACCAUUGAUGUUUAUAUUGUGGUCUGCUGUUUCAAUUAGAAAGUAUUUAUAAUGCUGUUUUUAUCCAAGCAAUGGUAAUUUAAGUUCUGCAGUCUGUAUCCGGUUUCUGGUUUCAGUGUCAUGUCACUCUGAACAUUUUUAUGAUAAAUUACUGUGGAUGCUGCUAUCAAUUUUUCAGUGGUCUUCAAAUAAUUCCAUACAUAGGGAUCAGUUCUGAAAUUUUGUUAAAUUAAUACAUUCAAAAUAAACAGAAAAUCCUAAUAUCCAUAUAGAUAAAUAACAGAUUUAGAGAAAGGGAUGGAAACUCCUUAAAGCUAACUAAAUAUGUGAUCUUGUGUCUGAAGUUGUAAACCUAAUAUGAAAACAUGUAAGACAAUGAUACAGUUUUGUUGCCAAGAAGCAGU